GCCAGACACAGUGACUCUUGGAAUAGAAGGCUUGGGAGCAAGGACUCUUGAGUGACACUUUUGAUCAUCAUAGCAAUUGACUUCUCCUUUGCUUAGUGAUUCAUUAUGUCAAAGGCUAAAAGAGGCCGGGCGUUGAUCAUCGCCAUGACCGAAUUCCACAAUCACUCUGAGUGCAGCAGGGACAUGUUGGAACCACGCAAGGGGGUAAAACGUGACACAGACCGGCUCUUCAGGGCCCUUUCCCUGCUUGGCUACAAUGUUUCCCUUCACCUGGAUGUGAGUGCCAGAGAAAUCAGAGAAAUCUACCAGAACGAAUCUAGGUUUGUGCAAGGAGAAUGUUUUAUCAGCAUUUUGUCAAGUCAUGGCCAGGAAGGGCUGAUUUAUGACUUCUAUGGUGAGCCUGUUUAUCUGAGGGAUUUGUAUGAUUCCCUUUCUCCAAAAAACUGCCCUGCAUUGGCUGGAAUACCCAAGCUAUUCUUCAUACAGGCUUGCCGAGGAAAGGAGAUAGAUGAAGGAGUGGUACUGGAGACAGACUCUGCCGAUUGUGAGGCCGACACUUUUUGUCACAGCUGGAAUCUCCCAAGUGACACGGUUGUAAUGUUUGCAACCAGUGAGGGGUACGUGGCUUUUCAGAAUCCUGCUGGCUCAUUCUUCCUACAAACGUUAUGUGACAUUAUCGAGGGGGAGGAACGCGAGCUUGCACUAAAUCAAAUCUUCACACUCAUUUCCUACCAUACAGCCUACAAUUUCCAAAGCCGUGGCACAUAUGCAGGCUACAAAGAGAUGCCAUGCUUCAUAACCAACCUUACCAAGGAGCUGAGGCCAUUCAGACAGUUAGAAAAUACUUUCUGAACACCUUCCACACACAAUGCUGCGAUUUUCAUUUAACUCUUAGAAACCCAAGCAUCAUGUUCCUAAUGUUGUGGUUUCAAUAAUUCUAGUUCCCCUUCAGUACAGCUUUCACUAAACAAGUAUAAGCAGGGCUAACUUCAUAUAAAACUGUUUGUAUAACUACACCUCAGUCCAAAAUCCUUUCAGGCAGAAGAGGGCACGUUAAAAUCAAUUUAUUUGUAUGGUGUUUUUUUGUUUUUGU